AUGCGCGACACCUCUACAGCCAUGUUGGUGGCCGUGAAGCAGGUCCCCAGUUGGUGGAUGCAGGAGAAUCAGAGCAAGUUUCGAUCCGUGUAUCCGUACGAGACUGAAAUGCCGUGGAUGGACGUGGCUUACCUGGCUUUCCUGAACCAGGUUGGAUAUCACUGGGCCUGCUCUUUGUUGGGAGUCUACCGUGACGACACCUGCACGUACAUUGUUACGUCUUUGGCAUCGCAUGGUGAUCUCUUCUUGUGGAGCUCCCGACUACAGAUGGAGCCGGGCCCGACCAGAGAGGCGACUGUCCAGCCGCUGGCAGUGCAGAUGCUGAAGGCCGUGCAGGAACUCCAUGAUCUGUCAAUAGCACACCGAGAUCUGUCCUGUGAAAACAUCCUCGUGACUCAGGUAGACGACAUUCUGGAAGUCCGUGUUAUAGAUUUCGCUGCGGCGUGUGGAUCACGAUUUUCCAGCGGCGCGCAUGGGAAAGACAUGUACGUCGCUCCGGAGGUCCACCUAGGUGGCAAGUUUGACACUUUUCUAUCGGACGCCUUUGCUCUCGGUGUGAUCUUCCUAUCUGUUCUCUUGCAGAGGUAUCCCUGGAACUCAACGAAGCCGGGAUGCUGCAAGUCGUUUGAAUAUGUGCGGAAGCAUGGCUUGCGAAAGUGCUUCGGUCAGCAUAUGAGCUUCCUAGACAUCGAGAGGCAGUGCGGCCUGUCUGCCGACAGUGGCGAUCAGGGCAUUGCCGAUAUGGAAGGUGGUGCCGGUACCGGCAUGUAUGAUGAACAUGGUGCACACAUGCCACGAGCAGCCAUGCGACUGAGCGACGGUACCAAGAGAAACAACAUCAACAACAACGCGGUGUCUGGCAAGCAAGGGAACGCACAGAUGAUGAAAGGAAGUGGGCAGCUGGCGGAAAAACCAGAACGUGAUCGCCUUCGUCAACAAGUUCAUGGUGCAGAUGCCAAGGAUGAAAAUGAGCCGCCUGCGGACGAGGAUGAUGUGUUGGAACUAUGGCAGUGGCCCACUACCUCCCAUGCACAGUACUUGGAGGACGACGUGACAUCCUUCAUGGAAAGACCGGGGUUGACUUCACAGGAGUACGUGGACUUGAUCAAUGGUGGCAUCCCUGCUCACCUCGCCCGGUGGGAGCAGGGGCGCAAGACCGGGCAGAAGAACCUAUCCAGUCUAGAUCCAGGGAUGCCAGACACUACCCUCUGCGACGCGAACCACAAUGCCAAGAACUUCGGGAUGAACUACUUCGUUGGAAAUUCCAACCAUGUGGGACAUGUGGUUAUGCUAGCUGACCUGCAGCCGUCUACGUCGUCCAGACCGAGAUCGCGAAGUCGGCCCAGGAUGUCAAGCAGGGAACAGGAUGAUGAUGUCACUGCUUUGAUGGACUUGGGUGGACGUGAUGCUGGACGUGAUGGUGGAGAAGGAGAUGAAUCUGUUGAUGACGCCCGCUCUGUUGAUGGUGGAACAGAGGGUGAACAUCCUGAUAGUGGCAGUGAAGCCAUGGAUGCUGGUGUUGCCACAGCUCCCCCUCACGCUGGUGCUGGUGCUGGAAUGGGCCCUCCUCCUUUCUUGGGGCCCAUGUCACUUUCGGCACUUCAAUCUGCGGAAGAUCGUCAUUACGACUUGUUUGGUGAAGAACAAGAGUUUGCUGACCGUGCUUGGCUGAUCGAACAAGCAGUGCGCUCGGCCAUGUAUGGGCUAAGCAGUGGUUCGGCGAGGGAGGUGGUGAGAAGGUUGCUAUUGCGACAGCAACACCUUGCCGAAAUCCAGUACUGGCUCAACAGGGCGUUGCAGCAAGCCCUGCGGUGCUGUCCUGCGGCAGAGACAGAUAUUCAUUGGGACGUGGUGAGAAAUAAGGAGGAUGGCAUCUGGGGGCGAAUUCUUGGUCUUGAAGGUGAUGAUCCCAUGGUCCAACGCCUUCGUGCCGCAUCGUUGGCUCGUGUCCGUCGACGUGAAGUUCAUCAUCGGACCCGCGGCCGCGACCCAGUCGUGCACCUCACCUACCAUCGCGAGCCACGCCGGACCUACCUUCUGCUGAACAUGGUCGCCCUGGACUUGACCUUCGUGAUCCACCUCCUGGAGCGCUACAUGGACGGCAUCCAGAACGUCGUGAUGGCGAUGUGA